CGGAAGUUGGGGAAGAUUACGUAGCAAUUUAAUCGCCUCCUCGGCGUCGGGUAAGUCAAGUCAUCGUCUGGUCCCACGACUUCUUAUCUAGCCGUCUGGGGCCCCUCAUUGUCGCCUCGUUGGACACCCCCCUUCUCCAAGCAAUAAGCGAUCAGGUAUUCUAACGAUGUCGCAUGGUACUCGGGAAAAUGCCGUGAGAUAUCCUCGGCAAAGAAUACGACUUCCCUAUCCGCGUUCCAGAUCCGGCUGCCUAGUGUGUCGGCGCCAGCACAAGAAAUGUGACGAGCGUCGGCCCGCAUGUUCUCGCUGUUUGUUGAAGGGAAAGACUUGUCAAUGGCCAGACACUAUUCGGCGCGAGCCCCAGUCCGACCGGUCGCGAUUAGUUCAUGAUCCUCGGCCUCCGAUCCCAGAUGUCCUUACUGAGGUGAACGCCGGCGACGAGGAAACCCUCUCUCCACCUUCUGCAUCGGACGAGGGUGCGGGGAGUAAUGAUGACGGUCUGCGUCUCAUCGCACCGCAAAGUUUCUCCCUGGACCCCGUAUCAUCCAUGUUUCUAGCCCACUUUGUCGCCGAGACUAGCAGAUGUAUGACAACUGUUGGCCCCGAGAAGAACCCAUUUCUAACGCAUAUUCUCCCGCUUGCUUUCUCGGAUGAGUUGAUCCUCCAUUCUCUACUCGCUUUUGGAGGAGCCCACUUGGAGCGCAAACAAAGCUCCCCAGAAAUCAAGGCGUGCGUAUGCCGACAUUAUGGGCGCGUGAUCCACCUCCUAACCGGCAUCAUCUCGCGAAAAUCAAGUGAGUCAUACGAAUGGCUUCGAGCCCUUCUGGCGUUGCUGAUUCUAUACCUAAUUGGAGUUUUCAAUCCGUUGCAAGAUGAAGGGGCAAUUAUGCAUAUUCGCGCAGGAAAACAAGUCGUCUGUCAACUGCUAAGUACGUCCUCCAAAACGAGCAGUUCACGAACACUCUGCGGCCUAACCUUCGAAUUAUACGCAUACGUGGCCCUUGUAGCCAGCCCUACGCCCUAUACCAAUGGGACAGAAUCUGAGCUAGAUACGCGCACCUCUCUUCUGCCCUCCUGGGACAUCAUCAGAAACUACGGGAUUUUCGGCAUCAUUGUUUCACCUAUCUAUCAAUGUUUGGAGGUGAUCCCGCGUGUGGUUGCUCUUUGCAUACGCCGACAGGCAGAGAUGACCUUUAAUGAGUGUUCCACCGAAAGCUGGGCGGAAUUCGAUUCAAUAAUUGGCAUGAUUGAGACAAUUGAGUUUGCCGAUGAUGUCCUAGCAGCUACCCUGGAUCCUGAACAUGGACCAAGUCUCUCGGUUUCAGCAGUGUAUCGUCACGCGCUGACAAUUUUUGCAUACGACGCUAUGUGGUGUGGUACUCUUACGGGAGAUGAGAGCCGACUAUCCAUUGUUCGGGAGCAUGCCCUCCAUGCUCUGGCUCUCAUACCAACGUUGAUAGACACGCAUUUCAGAAACAUUCUCCUGUGGCCAACUAUCGUGGUAGGGUCCUGCCUCCUUAAGGAAGAGGAACGGGAUAUACUACGAUCGCUGUUAUCCCACAAAGCGCCAAUAUCUGCUGUGACGAAGAUGAAGGCAAUGCUAGAGAGUCUGUGGGCUGAAAAUAAUGCUCUGUAUUUCGGGCCCUAUGGAUUGCAAAAGCAUAUGCGGUCGCAUCAGACCGUAAUAUAUCUUGGAUAAUCUCCACGUAGUCUGUCUGCGCUAGUCUUCUAUAUUAUAACACAACUACGUUGGGACAUUGAAUUGUCCACAGAACUUGGGUGCAAUGUAAAAACCGAGAGCAAAG